AUGAAUUUUGCGCCUUACCAAGACGACUCCCCCGAAGUCGAAAGAGCUCUCUCACCUCCACCAUGGGCCGCAGACCCAACGAGUCGCACGAAAUCACCCUCACAGAAUCAAUAUAACAAUAAUAAUAAUAGACAACAUCAAAAAUCAACCCCACCACCAUAUCAAGCAUCUCCCACUUCCCAUUUCUACAACCCAUCAAACGGCGGAUACGGAUAUCAAGACGCGGCAGCAGCAUCGUCAUGGACAGAUCCCGAAAGCCAGCAGCAACAACACAAUCGAGAUGGAUAUGGAGGCGGACGCGCAGACCUCGACGCGUUCGAGACGAGUUUGCCGUUAAGAGUUGAUUAUGAGGCUAUGCUCGCGUAUUUGUUGCUGCCACCGGCUGGAGGGGUGCUUUUGUUGUUGCUUGAGCAUAAGAGUGAUUAUGUUCGAUUUCACGCAUGGCAGUCUAGCAUGCUCUUUAGUGCUAUAUUCGUCUUACAUCUCAUAUUCUCCUGGUCAAGCAUCAUCUCCUGGUUCAUGCUGAUUGGCGAUCUUGUUUUGAUCGCAUUUUUGAGUUUGCACGCUUAUCAAGACGUUGAAUCCCUUGAUCAUUACGAAGUACCCAUUUUCGGGCGAUUAGCGAACUCAUUCGUGGAUGAUGAAUGA